CACAAAACUGACAUUUCGCGAAAGGUCAUUCUCAAAAAUGGCCGCAUCGGGAGGAAAUAUAGAAUGGUCUACCGCAGUUAAACCAAUAUUAACAGCACUUUACGGCCCAUUUUUUGAUAAAAAUGAUGCCGUUGAAAUUAUACAAGCUAUAAUCAAAAGUGAAAACGAAUUUGAAAAUCAUGAAGACAUCUACGACCUUUUCUACACCUGCUUUGCGUGUCUUUCGGCACAUUUUAUUAGCAUCAACGCAAAUAACUUGCCACCAGAUCAGCUCAGCACUGCUCAUGACGCCUUUAGAAUUAUGCUACGACACAUUCUCAAAAAGAUUUCUCAAGCCGUGUUGACCUAUGAUGAUUCCAUAAAUAUGGCUGCACCAAAAGUGACUUUCAAACAGCUUCUUCUACCAAUCCUUGGCCUAUGUGGUAUUGAUGGUGGUGGUCUGCCACAGUCAGAGCUUGCUAUUUUGACUUCCCUUCUCAAGUCAUCCAAGCUUCCAGCAAAUGUUAAUGUAACUGAAACUCAAACUACAAAGUCUUCAGUAAGCCCUAUCACAUCCCUUGCAUCUCAAUCAACGACACAAGAAAAGCAACCACCGUCAAAUGCUCAACGUAGGUCCGACGCAUUGUUGGAGCAGCUGACAAUGCCGUUAAAAAAUCCUAUGGCUUCAUUAAUUCAGAAUCAGCCAGCAGCAGUCGUAUUAUCCCCCGGAAGCAAAGAUAGUUUGGAAAGUACAAAAGAUGUAAAUGUUUCUCAACAGAUUACUACAGAUGUAAAGAAAUGGAUGCAUUCAACUUGCGCAUCAUUGCUAAUGGAACUUCGAGCGGGACCCAUGUUGCUGAACGUGUGCUCGUCUUUACCGUGUCUGUACCGCUAUCUGACUCGAUGGCGUGACGCUAAAGAGAGCGCUAUACCCCCGCAGUUUAAUUCCGAAGUUAAACUCCUCAAUUUCCUCAUGAAUGAAGCGUAUGUGUGCCGCAUGGCGCUGUCACUACCGUGCCUAGAGCCCUUGACACCAGAACGCAUCGCUCUACUGAGUGACCUAGCAACCACUUGGCUGAUUUGCGCCGUUACGGCACAGGCAACGCUACAUCCAAGAGACGAUGAAAAUGAGGAAAUGACUGCAACCCUAGUUGAGAGAGCACUUGGUCUUUACAACACUAUUGGGGAAACUUUCAAACAGUCCACUCGGGCUGGUGGAUAUGUAUAUCAAAACCACCUGAUGAUCGGCGCUUGGGUUCUACUGUGUGGUCUUCAUCAUGCUUUGGGAGGAGCACCCCCCUCUUCCGCCCCUAAGAGCCCCGCUAAAACACCUUCGCGGCCUUACAACCUCACUAAAAUGCAACAAAGCCUAAGUGCGGUGUGGGUGGCGCUGGGUGAUCGCUGCCUAGCGUGGACUGGCACGCUGCUGUCGGAUGCGCGGCUGGAGGCGCUGAGCGCGACGCCGGGCACUGCGGACGCGCCCGCGCCGCUGCACAUCCUGGCGCACCACACCGCGCACCAGCGCGAGCUGCGCCUCGCCGCCGCCGCGCCGCUGCACCAGUUGCUAGUAUCGUUGGCUGUGGUGUGUUACCGAAAAGCCACAAAUUUAAAGAGGGCCGUCGUACAAAAGCAGAACCAAGACGCCGACCCCGAUAGAUCCGACUCAACCGUUUACUUCCAGGAUAUGAUACUCUGCUCUGAGGAUUCUGAAACUGAUGAUGAAGAUAGCGAGCCGCUGUUUGGGCUGUGGUUCGAGUCGACGCUGGUGGCGCCUGACGCGCUCGAUAGCGGACUGACGCGCGCCGCGCCCGACAGCGACGAUGCGCCCGACGACGCUCCCGCGCAACAGGCAUUGCUGCUCGACAAGGCCGAGCCAUACUCGUACAUAACACUAGCAACAGAUAUAUUCAACCUGUUAACCGAAGAGAUAAUCGGCGAAGGAGUAGAACGCUUGGGUACUACAGCUCAGCAGUUACACGAAGCACACCAUGCUUUACUCGUUGCGCUUGCUAAGGACCUCGAUAGAGAGACUGCUAGGACUGAUACUGGAACUAUAUCCCCAUGUUUCGGUGCGCGUCUCGGAGCGCUGUACGCCGCGUUCAGUUCGGCGCUCGUGCGCUACCUGCACAACCUACAACCGCAAUUGCAGCAACAACUCAUCUCGACUGGCUCCGACAGGAGCAACGUGACGCCACUGCAGGUCGGUCCUCGAGUAGCAAAGCUGCUUGGUGGUAUGGUCUUGAGUAAGACAGCAGCUGAACGUGAGAACAACAUCCUUGUUAUGUGGCAUAAGAUUAUCAACACUCUACAAGAGUGUGCCUUGCAGAAUCAACCCAGCCAAGAUCACGAUUAUGAAGACUUGAACGUUGAGCAUGCCCAGCUGCUUGUAUAUUUGUUCCAUUCUUUGACUCUAAUGCAAAAGAAAUCUGUUCUUCUUAUGACAUCCAAUGCAAUCAUUAAAGUUGUCGAAACCCUCGGUAUAAGUGAUAGAAAACGUGCGAUGAAUUUAGCACCUCACCAGCUAAUUUUGACUACAAGACUUAUGCUUCUGUUGGAAUAUCUCAUGAAACAUUUAUAUGACGCUCCGCAGUUCUUGCUGCAACAGAUUGAAUGGAAUCUCGUCAUAGCACCGGGGUUAGCACAGCGUCCCUCCUCAGAUGGCAACAACACUAGCGUAAAUACAACGACGGAUAAUGGGCAAAUAAAAUCUCGUAUAUACUGUGAAUUAAUGUUUAUAGAACUCGCUUAUAUUACACCGACUCAAGAUGACUCAUCUAUGAGACCUAGGUUCUACGCGCUUACUAACGCAGAAAUUAACAACCAGGAAAAUCCGAAAUUAGACGGCUUAGCAUGCAAUUUCGUGCUGGGAACACCACACAAGUUGAAAUAUCCCUUACUUCUGGACGCAUUGCUAUCUCUACUGAACUCCGCGUGCCUCUGCGAUAACCCUCAGUAUCACAACUCGCCGGCUGCUCUUGCCGCCGCGCAUUAUUGCUUCCAGACUGCUUGGAGGCUGGUGAUAAGCAUGCCGCCCGCGACCCCGCACAUGGACAAGCUGCAGGCGGGCACCGCGGCCGAGUUGCCGUCGCCGCUGCCGCUGCACGCGCUGGUGUGGGCGCCGCGCGCCGACAACAAGAAGGUUUUCAACCCCUGGCUCAAGGACGCACUCGUCAAGCAGGGCAUGUACACGCAGUACGCGGAAAACUUAUUAGCUGGUGUAAGUGCUUCAUGUGACAACAUCAAGUACACAGCCUGGCUUGCUUCUGAAACUAUGAAACAUCUGAAACAAAAUCUCACAGCUGAUGGCCUUCCAUCCCUUCUCGAUGUGAUAUCAUGCGACGCUGCUUUGAUGAGACUUAAAGUUUGUCUCGUGGACUCUGCUUCAGCAUCUGAAGCGCAUCAAUUCAUGCCCGAUUUAUUGGAUCUACUUGAAACAAUUCUCGAGUGCUGCCGACUAAGCGUGGGGAUAGAGAUAUCGCGGGCGGCGGACGCGAGCCCGGGCGGCCCGGCGGAGGCGGAGGCGGCCGUGGCGCGCGCGCGGCUGCAGGUGUGCGGCGGCGAGGGCGCGGCGGGCGCGGCGGGCGCGGCGGCGCUGGGCUCGUGGCUCAAGGCGCAGCUGCCGCCGCACGUGGCCGCCGCGCUCGAGGCCUGCGCCGCGCCGCCCGCGCGCGCCGUCGACACGACUGCUUACGAAUCCCACAUCAUACCGUCUGAAAGUGCAGUCUUGGCACUCGUGUCGUCUCACAGUGAACUUAUGAUUGUUCGCGGCAAGUACUCCAUCGGAGCGUCCUUGACUAUGCUCGCCUACUCCGCGGCGAAGCUUCUAGAAAUCGGCUCUAGCAAACUAGCUGAGAAUACCAAUCUCACUAAGAAGACUUUGGACUUGAUCGUUCCAGCUUUGACUGAUGGCAGACUCCAGUUCUUAACGGAACCAUUGGCAGCUACUUUGAAUGCUUUAGUACCACAAGUAAACAAAGCAGAACAGCUCAUACAUGAACAUAUAUUAAAGACGACAUAUACGGUUUUGGUUGAUCAUCUGCAACCAUCAACAGAGAAAACUCUGCGGCAUAUGAUUAUUUACUGGGAGAAGAUUCUAGAUCGACCAGCUGGAAGAGUAGCAUACGAAAAUGUUUUCGCGGACAACUCUGGUUACGCCCUCGGAAAAAUAUUACUCGCGGCACCAAAUGGAAAAAGUGCCUUCACUGAUAAAGUUAUAAAGCUCUUCAUCAAGAUAUUUACUGGUUGCGAAAAUUCGGAACUGAACGCUCUUUGUGUAUCAGUGAGCAAAUUUAUUGGGGUGGCAGAUCAACAAAAACUUGUCAAUCUGCUUUCUCACAUCUGUUCAGUUGCAUCAGCGACGCCAACGAACGGCAACGUGGGCACGGCGAACGCGACGCCAACCGAAACGGAGUUGCCGACGCCGACAUCGGGCGCGGCGGACGCCAGCCCGGCCUCCGUGGCCCUCCGCAACGCGCUGCGCUCCGUUUUCCGCACCGAGGACGCCAACGGAGCCAACGCGGCCAACGUCGCCAAUGCCGCCAACCGCAACCUGACCGAUCAGGACCUGCCUGUCUUCGACGCGCCAAUUCCAGCUCCAAGACCUCCAGUAGAGCCUGCACAACAAUCCAAAAAUGGCAGCUGGUCCGAAGGCGGUAGCAAAGAUAAUACAAGCGCAGUUGUCGUUAGCACUGAAGCUGGCAACCCAUUCUCAGCCCAUGAUAACGCUACACUUUUAUCUCUGCUUUGUAAGCACAUUGUCCAUCACGGCGGGGAGAAGGUGUGCGAGCGCAUGGUGAGCGCGCUAAUAGACGUGAGCGGCGCGUCGUGCACUCCGCUGCUGCUGCGCGAGCUGUGUCGCCUGGCGGACGCGCACAGCGGCGCCGAGCACCGCCAGCUGUUCCCCGCCGCGCUCUCCUGGCUCUCCACCUGUGUGGACAACCUUAGCAGUCCAGAAGUACUUGAAAAGUUGGAAGAAGGCCAAUUAGACACGAACAUUACCUCGCAGAUCGAAUCAGCAUGCGUUCUCUUAUCUUAUCUCGGUGAUGCGUUGCAUGCUAUCGGAUCUGCGCAGCCACACACUUGGCGAUCUGUCAGUCCCACAUGGGAAUCUCCAUCAGAUCUCGGUUUCGACUUCGAUUAUGCUGAUGAACAACAGGAUGAAGACGAUACGAGUGCUGACGACUCUGACGAGGACGCCAUGCUGCAGUACAAGCUGUGUACGUUCACGGUGACGCAGCGCGAGUUCAUGAACCAGCACUGGUACCACUGCCACACGUGCAAGAUGGUGGACGGCGUGGGCGUGUGCACGGUGUGCGCGCGCGUGUGCCACCGCGGACACGACGUGUCCUACGCCAAGUUCGGAAAUUUCUUCUGUGACUGCGGCGCCAAGCCCGACUCGAGCUGCCAAGCUUUAGUAAAACGUUCGGUGACACUGGGAGGCGCUCGCGGAGGUAGCGGUGGCACGGAGGAAACUCCACCGGCGCCCUCUAUUAGACGCCGUCCAUCCAGUCCUACUCCCCCUGCGCUACUUGCGCCGCCACGACGCCCCGUGCUCGCUCAUAACAUUCAAGGCUGCCGGCCGUUCCUGCUGUCGUUCGGCGGCUGGGCGGGCUGCCUGGAGCGCGUGCGGCGGCUGCUGGGCGCGCUGGCGGGCCCGGUGCGCGCGGCGUGCGAGCGCGGCGCGGCGGUGGGCGCGCACGGCCGCGCGCAGCGCGCGCUCGCGCAGCUGCACCUCGGCGAGAAGCGCUUCACGCACACCGACACGCUCAUGCUGCCCACGCUGGGAUCGCAAGAAGGCGCGUUUGAAAAUGUACGCAUGUCAUACACGGGUGAGAACGGACAAACAAUCCGGCAACUGAUGUCGGCUCAUAAACUGCGUCGUGUCGCCAUGUGUUGUCUUGCUUCACCCCACGGCCGACGACAGCACCUGGCUGUGUCACACGAAAAAGGAAAAAUUACAGUUCUCCAACUAUCAGCUUUACUCAAACAGGCUGAUUCUUCUAAACACAAAUUGACGCUAACUCGACUAUCUUCCGCUCCUAUACCAUUCACUGUGCUCAGUCUCGGCGGAAACCCAUGGAAUGAGGAUCUUUUAGCCGUGUGUGGAUUGAAAGAAUGUCACGUCCUUACAUUUAAUAGUGGAGGUGCGGUAGCAGACCACUUAGUUCUGAACACAGGUCUGGAGGCCAACAACUAUGUAAUCAAAGCAAUCUGGUUACCGGGCUCACAGACGCAGUUAGCUCUCGUCACUUCAGACUUUGUCAAGAUAUUCGACCUUAGCAAGGAUUUGAAUAAUCCUAUGCAUCACUUCCUUGUACCGAGUGGCAAGGUCCGCGAUGUUACAUUCGUGAAUCAAGAAGAUAUUAUGCACAUGUUAUGCAUGAGCUCCGCGGGUCAUAUUUACUGGCAACCAAUGAGCGAAGAGUCGCGAGCAACUUUAGGAACAUUCUAUGUUACUAAUACACUUGAAGUUUUACACCCUGAAAUACAGGAUGUUGCUGGAUUAGUCGGCGGCGGCGGGGUGUCGAUAUACUACUCGCACAUACUGAAGAUGCUUUUCUUCUCCUACGCUCAAGGGAAGAGUUUCCUUGCACCACUUAACACUGUUGAAGACAGCGUUAAAGGCACAGCGAUGAUAACGCUGUCGUCGUCAUCGGCGCAGAAGGAGGGUGGGCGCGGCAAGCAGGGCGGUGUGCAGUCGCUCUGCCAGUGGGCCGAGGUGCCCGGCCACCCCGGCCUCGUCACCGCCGUCAUGCAGGCCUCCAACAACCCCGUCGUGCUCAUGCUCACGCCGAACAACAUAUAUGUACAGGAGAUCAAGGUGGUACCAGCAAAAGCAAAGAUAACAGACAUGGUAGCUGUCCGGCACUGGUGUGGAGGUGGCGGCGAACAGAAAAGUACUCUCAUACUGUUGUGCGAGGACGGCAGUCUACGUAUGUACGCGGCUAGUAACGAGGACACAGGUUACUGGCUAUCGCCUGCCAUUCAGCCAGUGCAUGCUCCUAGGCGUCGACCGAGGCUUCUCACUCAUCACAAUAAGGGCAAAGCGCAACAGGUUGUGACAAAGUCAAAUUCGAAUGGAACGCCACAAUUCCCCAUUGACUUCUUUGAGCACUGUGUUGCCAUGAGUGACAUUGAAUUUGGCGGUAAUGAUCUGCUUCAAGUUUACAAUACGGCACAAAUUAAACACCGCCUAAACAAUACUGGUUUAUACGUAGUAUCCACAAAAAUGAGUGGUUUCACAAUGGAAGUCGUAAACUCCGACCCCAAUAUGGUCAUGUGUGGUAUACGAGUGUUGCUUGGGAACCAAGAUGUUGCUAGAACUCCGGCUUAUGUAGAGAUACAUGGAAGGUCAAUACAAACAAUCGUUGUUAGAAAUCGAUGGUUCGAUAUUCCGCUGACACGUGAGGAGUCUUUACAGUCUGAUAAGAAGCUCGUUAUAAACUUUGGUCCUUCUCAAGACCCCGAUGGUGUGACAGUGGUUGAUUCCGUUAAAGUAUAUGGCAAAAAUAAAGAGCAGUUUGGUUGGCCAGAAGAAAACGAGGAUCCUUCUGCUUGCCCGUCAUCGAGUAAAGUCGCUCAGGAAUCGGAAAGCAGCAGCGGUUCAUGGAAGCCGAGUUCCCUAGAGCGGCUAGCGUGCGCGGCUCUAGAAGCCCUCGAGCUGGGCGCGGGCGCGCCCGCCAGCAGCGGCGCGGCGGCGGGCGCGGAGGCCGGCGCGGAGGCCGCGCGCAAGCUGCUGUGCGCGCCGGCGUCCGCGCACCUGCACGCGCGCGCGCAGUGCCUGCUGCGGGCCGUCCACCAGGCGCAGUACCACCAGUUCAAGGAUCAAGCAAUACUAAAAUACGUUUCAACGUCUCUCCGCGAGCUGCGUGACACGGCAGAUGCCCGUAACAUCGAUCCCGAGGCGUACUUCCGUCUCGUACUACUGGCGCGAGGCGUGGCCGUGGCGCGCCCGCAACAUCUCGUCAAGUACAGCGGGCCCACACCGCCCAAACCCACCGACGGCGACUGGUCAGCGCUAUGGAAGGCAGAUUGUCAAGAUGAACCCGAUCACGAACCGCAUCUAUGUGCACUUUUGAGUAGCGUGUUGUGGAAGUUGACAGGCUGCCGUAGCCAGACCACCGGCCCGCCGGGCAUCUUGUCAUAUGGGUUAAGACACGCUGAACACACGCUCCACGCACUAGCUGACACCAUACAUGCGUUCCAAUUGCACGGAGACUCUGAUUGUAUUGAUUUCGGAAAUCAAAUCUACUUAUCGUUACUCCUGGCUGAAGACCAGAGUAUAAGCUUCGGUGCUAAGGCGGCACUUAUGCGUGUGUUACGUCCGCGUGUCAAGAGACGCAGAGUGUACAUACCAUCACCACCAAAUACGCCAGGUGCCGUUUCAUCUGUAACAACGGCUCAACCCGCCGGUUCAAUUACUGAAGCAGUGGUGUCAGAGGCGGAGUUGAGUGCUAAUCGCGAUGAUCAACAGGAGAACCAGUAUAUGGACGUAGAUGACUCACUCGAACCGAUGGUUUUACUUGCGCCUGAUGGAGGCCUCGAGGCGCUGCUGGACAUCCCGACGGACGCGGACGACGAGACGAUGGUGGAGCUGGCCAUCGCGCUGUCGCUGCAGGAGCAGGGCCGGCGCGCGCCGCCCGCGCCCGCGCCGCCGCCCGCGCCCGCGCCGCACGCGCCCGCCUACAGCGACGCCACCGCCUCGCCCAACGGAUCGGACGAUGAAGGUAGCACCGCUGCGACGGACGGUAGUACAUUGCGCACGUCGCCGGCCGAAGCCGGCGGAUCGGCCGCUUCCGACAGCGGCGGCUCGGCGGCCGAGAGCAUCGGUGGCGUCUCGGGCCGAAGCAGCGCUUACGGAGAGAUGUCUGCGCCCUCCGGGCAGCCGUGCUCCACUGUCGUGGAAGUUCCUGCUGCGGUUGCAGCAGGUCCAUCAAGCUCGUCUCAACCAAUGCCAUCGACGUCCCGCGCGGCGGAAGUCGAGAACGAGGCGCGCAAGUUGCACGCACUGCGACUGUCCCUGCUGUCCGCUGCUCUGGAUGCUUUGCCCACACUCAGGACCUUGCCCGGAGUGCGCGCUAUACCUUUUGUACAGGUUGUUUUAAUGUUGGCUGGUGAUCUCGACUCCAGCGUCGAAGGUGACCGAGCGGUACUAGAGCGUUUGCUCGAAGUACUGGUCGGUGAAUUGGAUAUUCAACCCGAAGAGCCGUCAAGUGGUGAAGAUCGCACUGAGAAACGUGAGCUGCAACUAGCCAUCAUGAGGCUCGAGUUGCUCGUCUCGGAACUAGACGAGCAAGUGGCCGUGCACUCGCCGCCUGUACACGAACGCACCAAUAGGAGGGAACUUCAGCUCGUUAUUAUGAGGUUACUCAGUGUGCUAAUGGCUCGCUGGAAGACGUGCGGCGCGCACGCGGGCGGGGCGGGCGGCGGUGCGGCGCGCGGGGAGGCGCCGGGCGCCGCGUGCGCCGCGCACGUGUCGCGCCUGGCCGCGGCCGCGCUGGUGCGCGCCGGCGCGCCCAAGCACUGCUACAACGUGCUCGCCGCGCUGCUGCCCUACUGGAAGGAGAAGACUGCCAAUUCAGGCACUACAACAACUGUUCAGCAGUUACUAAAACCACAACCGCCGCAGCCACUACCAGACAUGCAACCAUUCUUUGUCAAAGAAUAUGUUAAGAGUCACGCCUUGGACGUGUUUGACAACUACCCACAAUUAGUAAUGGAAAUGGCUUUACGGUUGCCGUGCCAAAUCCACAAGCACUGUGACCCGAAACAUUUCGAUGCACGUUGGCGUACAUUACUUUGCGAAUACAUGAUGAACCAACAGACACCGCUCAGGAAACAAGUCCGCAAGCUACUGCUGCUGUUGUGCGGGACUCGCGAGCUCUACCGCCAGCUGCGCGACGUGCACGCGCUCGACACGCACCUAAACGCCGCGCGCGCGCUGCUCGCCACCGACCCCGCCUACGACAAGCUGGUGCGCUUGAUGGACCAUUUGAAGGCGUGCGCCGAGAUCGUGUCGGCGCGCACGGGCAACUGGCAGCACACGUGCGCGACGGAGCGGCGCGAGACGCUGGGCUGGCUGGUGGGCGCGGCGCGGCGCCUGCACCCGCACGUGGCGCCCACCGUGCUGCAGCUGCUGCAGGCGGCGCUGUGCGCGCCCGCGCCGCCCGCGCCGCCCACGCCGCACACGCCGCCCGGUACGAACUGGCCAGAUCGUGAACGAAGUACCGAGAGUGACGCGUUUGUGUCCGACGGAUCUAAGUUCCAGGAACAUAGAGUACCGCAACUGGUGCAGCAGAUAUUAAAACAGGUCAAUCAAGAUGAACUUAAACUAUUUGUGAAAGCAUUCCUUUUGGAGACCAACUCAACAGCAGUUCGCUGGCAAGCACAUGCUUUACUUCUUGCGAUUUACAACAAUUGUUCACAAACUGAACAAGCCUCCCUUGUGUCUUUGCUGUGGAGCUUGUGGCCUACACUGCCUCAAUAUGGAAGAAAAGCGGUACAAUUCGUCGAUCUGCUUGGAUAUUUCACGCUUAAAACUCCUAACAUCGAUACUGAGUCGUACAUCGGCAGCGCGGUGGAGCUGCUCCGCAACCAGAACCAACUGCUGUCUUCCCACGGCAACUCCGCUCUGUACGCGUCUCUCGGCGCCUAUGUGGAACUAGACGGCUACUACCUCGAGUCCGAGCCGUGCCUCGUCUGCAACAACCCGGAGGUGCCCAUGGCAUCCAUCAAGCUGCCCACCAUUAAGAUCGACUCGAAGUUCACGACAACGACGCAGAUCGUGAAACUGGUCAACAGCCACAUGAUCAGUCGCAUCAGCCUUCGUAUCGGAGACAUCAAGCGGAGCAAGAUGGUGCGGGUUAUUAACUUCUACUACAACAACCGUACCGUUCAGGCCGUACAAGAGCUCAAGAAUAAACCAAGUAUGUGGCACAAAGCGAAACGCGUUCAGCUCCAGUCGGGACAGUCGGAGGUGCGCGUCGACUUCCCGCUUCCAAUUGUUGCCUGUAACCUCAUGAUGGAGUACGCUGACUUUUAUGAAAAUCAACAAGCCACAGGUGAAUCUCUGCAAUGUCCUCGUUGCUCUCAAUCUGUACCAGCCAAUCCGGGAGUGUGUGGUAACUGCGGAGAAAACGUCUUCCAGUGCCACAAGUGCCGCGCUAUAAACUACGACGAGAAAGACCCGUUCUUGUGCCACGCGUGCGGCUUCUGUAAGUACGCGAAGUUCGACUACACUCUAACGGCGCGGCCGUGCUGCGCCGUGGACACCAUCGAGAACGACGAGGAACGCAAGAAGAUGGUGCAGACCAUCGGCGCGCUGCUCGACAAGGCCGACCGCGUCUACCGCCAGCUCAUCGCCAACAAGCCCGUACUGGAGUCGCUGGUGCACAAGAUAAGCGAGCACCGCGUGGAGGGGCGCGCGGACGAGAACAGCAACGGCGCGGGCGGCGCCUUCGGCGGCGCGCAGAUCAACCGCGUCAUACAGAUGCUCGCACACAAGUACUGCGUCGAGAGCAAGGGCCACUUCGAGGACCUCUCCAAGAUCAUUCAGAAGGUGCUCGCCUGCAGGAAAGAGUUAGUUGCCUAUGACAGAUCACAAAGUGAACAACUUGAAGGGGAUACGUUACCAGUUUAUGCUGGCUUAUUGCAAAAUUAUGACGGUGAUGUUACUAAAGAGAGCGGGGGCUCGUGCUACGGUUGCUCGCUGGCGUGCGCCGAGCAGUGCCUGACGCUGCUGCGCGCGCUGGCCUCGCAGCGCGAGCACCGCGCGCGCCUGUGCCGCUUCGGCCUCGUGCACGAGCUCGUGCACCACAACCUGCACCGUGGCACGCCGCAGUGUCAAGACGAAGUUCGCUCUCUCAUCUGUCUGGUGACCCGUGAUAAUCUCCCAGCGACGAAGCAAUUAUGCUAUUUGCUGUCACAGAGAAUCACUCUGUCGCUAAUGGGUCAUGCCGCUUCACAAGACCAUAACAACUCCGUACGACCUCUGGUGCUUUUAUUGGGCGCAUUGGUUAAAGUCCAAGAUUCGGUAGAAUGCUGGGAAGUAAGAUUGCGUUGCGUUGUAAAGCUAUGGGUUUGGUGCUGUCCUCAACUAACGGAAGUGGUCGGCAUACCACCAGCAGCCACUGCUAUCUUAAAAUCAGAAGCGCUGUCUGGUAUCCCUGGCAUAAAUACUUCGUCACCUAACUCGCACCAGUUCGCGCUCCAGCAAGUGGCGCUGCCGUGCCUGCGCUACAUGCAGGAGCUGAUGGAGCCGGCCGCGCCCGCCGCCGCGCCCGCGCCCGCCGCCGACGACCAAGCUAAGGACACUAAGGAAUCUACUCAGCCAACAGCACCUCCGCCUAUAGUACUACAGGCGAAUACAGGCAACUUAGUGGUAGACUUGUCUGCUUGGCUCGCUGGUAGAGUACCACAUAAGCAGUGGAGAAAACUAGUAGCUAAAAACGAGAUACCGCCCGCAGACACUACUCUACCUACCCGCGAUAUACAUCUCGCCCACAAGUAUCUUGGCAAAUGGAAAGAAAAGAUGCUGCUGUCGCACGGCAUGCGCACGCUGUCGCUGGACGCGGGCGGCUGGCUGCGGCCCGUCAUGUUCGACCCCAGCUCGCGCAUCGCGCGCGACACCGCCUGCCAGAUGGUCAAGUCGCUCUGCGACUCCUACGACAGGACUAAGGCGGUUCUCAUACUGUUGACGAGCUUCUUACCAGAAGUCGGAGCAGCCGGUGAAGCAAGCGAGCAAUUCUUGCAACUGUACCAAAGUCUCGCAUCAGAAGCUCCAUGGAAACAGUUCUUGGCAUUGCGUGGAGUACUACAACAAAUUGCAGAUCUGAUGACGAAAGAGAUUGAUCAGCUGCAUCGUCUUGAAGAAACAACACUCACAUCUGACCUGGCUCAAGGCUACGCGCUGAAGCGGCUGACGGAGCUGCUGGCCAUGUUCCUGGAGGAGGCGGGCGCGCGGCGCGCCUACAAGACGCGGCUGGUGGGCGCCGUGCUGGGCGGCUACCUGGCGCUGCGCCGCCUCGUGGUGCAGCGCACGCGCCUCACCGACGACACGCAGGAGAAGCUGCUCGAGCUGCUGGAGGAGAUGACCACCGGCACGGAAGCGGAAACGGCCGAGUUUAUGGCAGUGUGCAUAGAGACAGUUCAGAAGUACCCGCUCCACGACUAUCGCACACCAGUCUUUAUAUUCGAGCGAUUAUGUUCUAUCAUUUACCCCGAGGAGAACGACGUCGGAGAAUUCUUCUUGACUUUGGAGAAAGAUCCGCAACAGGAAGAUUUCUUGCAGGGACGAAUGUUAGGCAAUCCGUAUUCGUCGCUCGAACCGGGCAUGGGUCCACUAAUGAGAGAUGUAAAGAACAAAAUUUGUACAGAUUGUGAAUUGGUAGCUCUUCUGGAAGAUGACAACGGCAUGGAACUGCUUGUUUGUAACAAGAUCAUGUCACUGGAUUUGCCUGUUAAAGAAGUUUAUAAAAAGGUGUGGUGUACAUCAGGAGAAGGUGUCGAUGCAAUGCGCGUCGUAUACCGCAUGCGCGGUUUGCUCGGAGACGCCACUGAGGAGUUCGUGGAGACUCUCAGCCAGACCAACGCCGAGACUGUGGACGACGAACAAGUUUAUCGAAUGGCAAACGUGCUCGCUGACUGCGGCGGGCUGGAGGUGAUGCUGCAGCGGCUGGCGGCCAUCGGGCGCGUGGCGUGCGCGCGCUCGCUGGCGGGCACGCUGCUGCGGCUGCUGGCGCUGUGCGCGCGCGUGCGGCGCUGCGUGCGCGUGCUGACGCGGCCGGAGGCGCGCGCGCUGCCCGUGCUGCUGCACGCGCUCAGCCUGGCCGCCGCCGACGAGCGCGACGGGCCGCGCGCGCCGCUCGUCUACCAGCUGCUCGAGAUCAUGGAACGCAUACUUUCCGUCGCGGCUAGCGAAAGUCUCGAAUCGUUCUUGCAGUUCUCCCUCACAUUCGGCGGACCGGAACACGUACAAGCUCUACUCAAUUGCACUGAAUGUCCAGGAAUCCGCAACAACUCGGUCGCUCUCGGUCAUCUCACGCGUGUACUCGCGGCGCUCGUUUACGGCAACGAUCUCAAGAUGGCUAUGUUAGUGGAUCACUUCAAGCCCGUACUGGAUUUCAACCGACUGGACAACGAACAGUGGAGCGACGAAGAGUUCCGCAUGGAACUAUUCUGCGUGCUCUGUGCUAAUAUAGAACGUAAUUCUAUCGGGGGAACGUUAAAGGAUUACUUGAUAUCGCUAGGCGUUGUGCGAGAUGCUUUGGAGUAUAUCAUGAAACAUGCCCCAUGCGUAAAACCAACGCUCGUGUGCACGGACUCAGACGAGCUAAAGGAGUUCAUCAGUCGACCUGCGCUCAAAUACAUCCUGCGUUUUCUCACCGGCCUCGCUGCGGACCACGAGCCUACUCAGAUGCUAGUGUGCGAGAACGUAAUACCGAUCGUACAUCGCUUAGAGCAAGUGUCAUCCGGUGAACACGUGGGCUCUCUUGCAGAGAAUUUACUCGAAGCGUUGCGUUCACAACCGCAAUGCGCUGCCAAAGUGCAGCAAGUACGAGAUUUCACGAGACAGGAGAAGAAGCGCCUGGCGAUGGCGGUGCGCGAGCGGCAGCUGGGCGCGCUGGGCAUGCGCAGCAACGAGCGCGGGCAGGUGACGGCGCAGUGCAGCCUCACGCAGCAGGUGGCCGACCUGGCGGAGGAGGCGGGCGCCGUGUGCUGCAUCUGCCGCGAGGGCUACAAGUACCAGCCCACCAAGGUGCUCGGCAUCUACACGUUCACGAAGCGCUGCCCGGUGGAGGAGUACGAGGCGCGCGCGCGCAAGACGCUCGGCUACACCACGGUCUCGCACUACAACAUCGUGCACGUGGAGUGCCACAUGGCGGCCGUGAGGCUCGCGCGAGCUAGAGAUGAAUGGGAAAGCGCGGCAUUACAAAAUGCUUCAACAAGAUGUAACGGCUUGCUACCUCUGUGGGGCCCCUACGUACCAGAAUCGGCAUUUGCUUCUUGUCUUGCAAGGCAUACUACGUACUUACAGGAGUGCACGGGACACCGCGACAUCGGUCACAGCUGCACGGUACACGACCUAAAGCUACUGCUGCUGCGGUUUGCACGCGGCCUUAGUUUCCACAACGACACGGGCGGCGGCGGCCCGCUCUCCAACAUGCAGCUCGUGCCUGCUCUCAUGCAUAUGGCGCUCUACGUCAUCAACACGACACGCGUAGCCGCUCGCGAGGUGUCCGCGCUGGAGGCGAGCCUGGCGUGGCCGCCGCCGCGCGUGCUGGAGUCGGCGCACGACGCCGAGGGCCCGCUCUACUACCUCACGCUCAUGCUGCUGCUCUACCCGCACGCCAAAUGGCGCGCGCUGCGCUUGGACAUGAUGAAGCGCAUGCUGCUGGUGGGGCACGUGCGCGACGUGGCGCGCGGCGGGCCGGCGCUGCGCGCGCUGGCGCCCGAGCACCGCGCGCCGCGCGCCUGGCCCGAGUACAAGCCCUACCUGGUCUUCGUGGCGCUCAUCCACCAGCUCUACACCGUCAUGUUCAAGAACGUGAACGCGACGACAGUCGAGCAGUGGCCGAUCAAGCUGGCCGAGUACAUCCGGCACAACGACGAGGCGAACGCGAAGGCGGCCGAGCGCAUCGUGACGACGCUGACGGACGAGCUGCUCCCGUGCGACUCGCUGGCCGAGCUGUGCGACGCGGCCGGCUUCCUGGACGACGCGCCCGAGCCCGACGCGCUGCUGCAGCGGCUGCUGGACGAGCAGCCGUGAGGCCGGCCCUUCGCGCCCUUCGCGCCCUCCUGCCUCGGCUACGACGGCUGCAUGGCCUGCUGAACGCCGACCGCACCUCUCGACACCUAGCCCCUUGGACUCUCACGAUUGAUAGUGUAAUAGUGUCUCUUUUACUAACCAUGUAUUCCCGUUUAUCACGAUUUUGGCGCUUCUAUUGUAUUAUUUUUAUUUGGCUUCAAUAAAUAGUUCUGCUUCUGAAA